AUUGUGAUUUUGUUUCUGUAUGGUUUCAGCUGAAAGAAAUGGCCGGUGGGUUGAACUACAUUGAUGCCAGUGAUGAGAGAUACAGUAACUGGAUGCGCUAUGUGAACUGCGCAAGAAAUAUCAAUGAAAUGAAUCUGAUGGCAUAUCAGUUUGAGGGCGGCAUCUAUUACAGAACUCUUCGUCUGGUUGCUCCUCAUGAAGAGCUGUUUGUCUUCUAUGGAGAACAGUUUGGCUGUAGUCUCGGCAUUGAUGUCAAGAACUUCAGGAAUCCCACAUUAACUAAUGAAAAAGAUGUCAGCUUCUACUGCGCAGAGUGUAACUCAGUCUUCACCUCACCGCUCUACUUGGAGCAGCACGAAAUGACCUGUCUACUGGGACGGCCACCAAGCAAGAAACCGAAACUCCUUCAUGCUACACAAACUACUGUGACCACAGUUGCACCACAAAGCAAGAACCACGGUUGCACCACGUCAUCUAAUCAAACAUCGAACCCAAUGAUGAGUGUAAGCAACGUUCAGGAACCUCUCUCAUUCACUGAUGGAACCUCAAACGAACAACACCUCUCAUUGAAUGAGGGUUCGACUUAUGGUGCCAAAGGCAAACAACUGAUAGAGUUAUCAGGUGAAAAGGGUGUCAAUAGCCACCUUUGUAAUAAGACUUAUUCCAAAAAGUGUAGAGAGCAUGAGAAUGUAAGGCCAUUCAAGUGCAGUGAUUGUGAUAAAGCUUUUCCUAGUAAUGCAAGACUUGACCGACAUUUUAAGUCAGUUCACUUGAAAGUGUGUUUGUUCAAAUGCAAUAUGUGUGACUAUAAGUGCUCACAUAAUGGUCAUUUGAAAAAACACAUGGAUGCUGUGCAUUUGAAUGUACGAAAAUUUGAAUGCAAUAUGUGUGACUAUAAGUGCUCACGUAAUGGUAAUUUGAAACAACACAUGGAUGCUGUGCAUUUGAAUGUACGAAAAUUUGAAUGCAAUAUGUGCGACUAUAAGUGCUCACGAAAUGAUUAUUUGAAAAGUCACAUGAAUGCUGUGCAUUUGAAUGUACGUAAAUUUGAAUGCAAUAUGUGCGACUAUAAGUGCUCACGCAAUGGUCAUUUGAAACAACACAUGGAUGCUGUGCAUUUGAAUGUACGAAAAUUUGAAUGCAAUAUGUGCGACUAUAAGUGCUCACAAAAUGGUGAUUUGAAAAAACACAUGGAUGCUGUGCAUUUGAAUGAAUAAGUGCUCACAUAAUGCUAAUUUGAAAAAAAACAUAUGGAUGCUGUACAUUUGAAUGUACGAAAAUUUGAAUGCAAUAUGUGCGACUAUAAGUGCUCACAAAAUGGUAAUUUGAAACAACACAUGGAUGCUGUGCAUUUGAAUGUAUGUAAAUUUGAAUGCAAUAUGUGCGACUAUAAGUGCUCACAAAAUGGUAAUUUGAAACAACACAUGGAUGCUGUGCAUUUGAAUGUACGUAAAUUUGAAUGCAAUAUGUGCGACUAUAAGUGCUCACAAAAUGGUGAUUUGAAAAAACACACCCAAGCAGCAAAAUAAUCAGUUUGAAGUACUUUGAAAUGUAAUUUUAAAUCACUUUCAAGCACUUUUAAAUGAUUGUACAAUGAUUUACAAUGCUUUAAGUGGGCAAAAUUGUGAUUUAUAAACUACUUGAAAAUCAUUUGAAAUCACUUUCAA